ACCGCCGUUAGAGAAGAAGAAGAAGAAGACGACGACGGUGACGACGGUCGAGAAGCGAAGUUUGGCGUCUGUUUAUUUACCGUUGGCAGUCGUUGGGAAGCAGCCGGGUCUCCAUGGCAACAGCCGGGCCAGUGGAGGUGUAUCUGGACCUCCUGUCGCAGCCCUGCCGGGCGCUGCACAUCCUGCUCAACUGCACCGACAUCCCACACAAGGUGCACACCGUGGCUCUGAGGAGAGGGGAGAACAGGAGUCCAGAAUUCACCAGGCUGAACCCCAUGCAGAAGGUUCCUGUUGUGGUGGACGGGGGCUUCGUCCUCACAGAGAGUGAUGCCAUCCUGAAGUACCUGGUCACCAAGUAUGACGUUCCAGAGCACUGGUAUCCACGGCAACCGGAGAGACGAGCCCGAGUAGACGAAUACACAGCCUGGCAUCACAGCAACACACGACCACACUCUGCUAAAGUCUUCAUACUGGAGGUGCUCCUCCCGUCUCAGUCUGGCUCUCCGGUGGACGCGGUGCAUUUGACACGCGCUCUGGCUCAACUCGAUGACACUCUGGAUAAACUGGAGUCCAUGUUCCUUCGCCGGCAGCCUUUCCUCUGUGGUGAUGACAUCACCGUGGCUGAUCUCCUCGCCAUCUGCGAGCUCAUGCAGCCAGUGGGAGGGGGCAGGGACGUACUACAGGACCGUCCUCAGCUGCAGAGGUGGAGGAGCCGAGUUCAGUCAGCAGUCGGCGAUGCCUUCGAACUGGCACACACCAUCCUGUACGCUGUCAGAGAUCGCCGCAAAGCCAAGCUAUGACAUCAUAAUGGGGAUUGCUCAUUGAAUUUGAAUUGAAAUAC